AUGGCCGAGCCACUCUUGUCAGAAUACCAGCACCAGCCUCAAACUAGCAACUGUACAGGUGCUGUUGCUGUUCUUGAAGAGCGGAACCCCGAUCGCCCCCCAGGCGCGGAGGAGCGGGUGCCCGAGGAGGACAGUAGGUGGCAAUCGAGAGCGUCCCCCCAGUCGGGUGGCCGUCCGGGGCAGGAGGGGGAAGGGAGCUUGGAGCCCCAGCCGCCUCCCCUGCAGACCCCGAUCCGUCCAGAAGCUAACUGCCCGGAGGCAAGCGAGAAGGGCCAGAAUAGGGAUGAUUUGUCCGCUGGCGGAGCCCCCCUGCCGGCAGCCGGGGGAGAACCGAGGCCCGAGGCCGAGCCGCUCGCACAGCCAUGUCACGACUCCGAGGCCAACAAGUUGGGGGCUCCUGCUGCAGGGGGCGAGGAGGCGUGGGGACAGCAGCAGAGGCAACUGGGCAAGAAAAAACAUAGGAGACGCCCCUCCAAGAAGAAGCGGCAUUGGAAACCGUACUACAAGCUGACCUGGGAGGAGAAGAAAAAGUUCGACGAGAAACAGAGCCUGCGAGCCUCAAGGAUUCGAGCUGAGAUGUUCGCCAAGGGCCAGCCUGUCGCACCCUAUAACACCACGCAGUUUCUCAUGGAUGAUCACGACCAGGAGGAGCCGGAUCUCAAAACCGGUCUCUAUCCCAAGCGGGCCGCUGCCAAAUCCGACGACACCAGCGAUGAGGACUUCAUGGAAGAAGCGGGCGAGGAGGAUGGGGGAAGCGACGGGAUGGGAGGAGAUGGCAGCGAGUUUCUGCAGCGGGACUUCUCGGAGACGUACGAGCGGUACCACGCGGAGAGUCUGCAGAACAUGAGCAAGCAGGAGCUCAUCAAGGAGUACCUGGAGCUGGAGAAGUGCCUCUCGCGCAUGGAGGACGAGAAUAACCGGCUGCGGCUGGAAAGCAAGCGGCUGGGAGGCGACGACGCGCGUGUGCGGGAGUUGGAGCUGGAGCUGGACCGGCUGCGCGCCGAGAACCUCCAGCUGCUGUCGGAGAACGAACUGCACCGGCAGCAGGAGCGAGCGCCUCUGUCCAAGUUUGGAGACUAG